UCCAAAAACCAAAAUCAUCAACCUAAAAUCACAAAACCAAGAAAUAAACUUAAAUUUCACGGGGAGGUUACCGACGUGGAAGGAUAGGGAGAAGAACAAGAGGAGGGAGAGAAGACGGAGAGCGAUUGCUGCUAAGAUCUUCACUAAUCUUUGAGCUCAGGGAAUCUUCAAGCUUCCCAAACACUGUGAUAACAACGAGGUCUGGAAAGCUCUCUUUGCUGAAACUGGUUGGAUCUUCGAAGAAGAUGGCACUACCCAUCGAAAGAUUUGUUUCCCCUCCGGAUGCAGAAGACCCCAAUUGAGAUCGGAGGUACACCACCCAAUAGUCGACAAUCCUUGUCAUUUCCUAGUCCUGUUCCAUCUUACCAUGCGAGUCUAACCUCAUCAUCUUUCAAUAGUCCCACUUGUCCGUCAGUUUUUUUUAACUCAAGGAGUACCGUAAAGGAGAUUUGCCACUUCCUGAGACCAUGAGAGACAUUUUAGAAAUUUAUGGACCAAAUUGUAGGUGAAAUACACAUCUAGGGACCAAGUUGGCUAUUUAUCUCUUAUAUUUUAUUGUCGUGGGGCUUAAAAUAACUCCCCUUCCCUCCCUUCCCUUCUCCUUCAACCAAACAAUGCCUAAGUGAAAAGAAUAGGAUCAAGCGUGGUCGUUCUUUUAUUUUCAUUCAUUCCGUUCCAUUCUUCCUCUCCUCGCUCAACCCUACCCUCUCCUCUCUCAACCGCCGGAACAGCCACUUGAUGACGAUGCCUGGUGCCUCCAUUUCCAGCCACGAUUCAGUUGAGAAUGAGAAGGAUUUUGCUUCACCGGUAAAGAAAUUGAAAGUUGAUAAGGACUUAGUUGGUAAAGAAGACAACACUUCCGUUCCAAUGUCACAAGAUUCCGUUGAUGCUGCCAUUGAUUUAACCCCCUGAGAUUUCUUCAAAAUCUGGUGCACCGUGUACGAAAAAGUAUACCCUAACAAAAAGGAGGAAGAAUUUAGGUUCGAUGUGUUCCAGCAAUCUCUUGAUAGGGCCAUCCCCCCAGGCUGCUCAGUUUAUGCACACGGCCCACGGAACUAUGUCCUCCGAGUACGCGUAUUCCUGCUCCCAAAGGGAAUGGAAGAAUGCUUAAAAGGACAUUGUCCCUAAUGUUUUCUGUGAAAGGACAUUGUCCCUAAAUUGCCAUUUAAAACAACCAAGUGUCGUCGCUCUUUCAUUCCGAUCCAUUCUUCCUCUCCUCUCCUCUCCUCUCUCAACUGCGGCAACACCCAUCUCAUGACGAUUCAUGGCGCCUCCGCGUCUCUAGGUCAAGAAGACAACACUUCCGUUCCAAUGUCACAAGAUUCCGUUGAUGCUGCCAUUGACUUAACCCGCAGAGAAUUCUUCAAAAUCUGGUGCACUGUGUAUGAUAAAGUAUACCUUAACAAACAGGAGGAAGAGUUGAGGUUCGAUGUGUUCCAGCAAUCUUUUGAUAGGACCAUCCCCUCAGGUCAUGUUUUGAAUUUUCCGGGUUUUGCUGAUCGAACCAAAGAAGAACUUGAGGUGAUUAGAGAUUUUAAUAAGCGGGAGUGUUAUUCUUCUAUAUCCCGCCAAGAACUCAAAGCCUUCAAAGACUAUGUUCCCAUUCCUGUUCGAACACCACGUUACUGACAAAAUUGUGAUAUGCUGCUAUGUUUGGAAUUGGUUGUUAACGGAGACCAAUUCGAGUGAGUGUGUCGGGCGACCCGAUUCGUCGUGCUCUUGGCGAAUCUCUCUUUUGGGAGGUUUAUGUCCGAGAGUCUGGAUUGGGAGAAAUGGUCAGCAUUCACAACACACAAACGUUAUGUUGAGGAAGCUGAAAAAUAUUCCAAGCCGGGUUCCGUUGCUGCAAAAAAAGAGAAAAGCUGCUGAGAAAGAAGCUGCAUUGAUCCAUGAAGAAAAUGCUCAAGCUAAUGGAACUUUUGAUUCAAAAACUCAGGUAGGAAAUUGCACUGAUUCGUCCAUUGUGAUGAAGUCGAAAGCCAAUGAACAGGUUGGUGAAGAAGAUGCUGUUGUUGAUUGUGCUGAUACAAACCAAUAUAAUGAGUUUGAUCCUGUUGACGUCCAUAAGGAUGUCUCACAUCCUUGUGUUGAUUCAAAUCUUCAUGUGGAAAGUUGCAUGCUUGUUGAUCCUGUCGAAGUCCAUAAGAAUAUAACCAUUCUGGAAGAAGAGAAGAAACCCGAACCUGGCAUUGCUGGUGAGGAAGUUUUGGCUUUUCCUGUAGAGGGAGGAGCCGUAAAUUCGUCUCCAAAAUUAUCAACCAAUUCUAAGGCUUCCAAGCUCUCUCAUCCUCUUGAUGAAAGGAAAGCUUCUGCAGCUGUACCGCUACCACCCAGAAAUGGAAUAAAUUGUGUUUCAAAAAGUAAGAAGCGUGUCGGUGUCAGAGAUACAGUUGAGAAGAAGAGACUAACUGCAGGGUCACUCCACAUGUCAAUCGAUCUCCCCUCUGGCACUCAUGAAUCAAGCAAAACAGCUUCUGCAGCUUUACAAUCCAGAAAUGGCUUAAACCGUUUUUCAACAAGUAAGAAAUCUGUUGGAGGCUCACUUGAGAAGAAGAGGAUAAUUACACCAUCACUUUCCAAGUCAAUCAAUCUUUCAUCUGGCACUGGUGUAUCAAGCAAAACAGCCAGCUGUUAAAUCUGGAAACGGAAUAAACCUUGCUUCAAAAAGUAUGAAAUCCGACUCAGUGGAGAAGAAAUCAACUGCAAGGUCACUUCACAUGUCAAUCAAUCUCUCUUCUGGAGCAGACAAAACAAGUAAAACAGCUUCAGUAUUUGAACAUAACAGAAUUAAAAGAAUUCCUUGUAAUUUACCCAAAGAUCGUCCACUGGCAUCACAGACAUCAACACCAACCAAGGCAUCUCAUUCUCAUGGCUUGUUAAAGGAAGCUUCAGCGAACCCCCUUUCUCAGGGAAGAAGGACUGAAAGACUACUCAAUAAGUCUGUUUGUGGAGGUGUUACAGUAAAUGCAAAUCGUUCCUCCCUCCCUUUCUGUUAUGUGCUCAAAACCUGUAAGCACCAGUGGAAGCAAUGCCCAAACCCAUACUAUAUCAUUGCCUUUUAGAUUCAGAAGUGAUGAAAGAGCAAUAAAACGUAAAGAGGCAAGU